UAACAUCGGAAAAUCAAAUGAUUUCAAAUUCAACGGCGAUCCUCAUUCCUCUCUCAUGAUCUCACCGCGGAUGGAGAGAAAGAGGCAUUUGAUCCUUCCUUUUGUCUUCUUUUUCGAUCCAUUUUUCCCCUCAUUCUCUCCUCCAUUUUCUUUCAUAUUCUUUUGAUUUCUUCUUUCUCACCGAAGAAGAGAACAAGAGAAGAAAUUGAAAGAAAACAAUGGACCCCUAAAAUCGCUUUAAGCUUUGGAUGAUCGGGAUCGAUUUUCGUCGAAGAUCGCACCUUUUUCUCCCUCGGAAUCAGAAGUGGCCUUCUUGUGAUUUGGGGGGAGCUGAAAAGGGGGAAAAAGGACUUGAUUCUUGCGAUAGGGUGAGGAAUCAGAAAGGGGGUUCUGUGAAAUUGGGGGGCAAUGGAAAUGGAUAAUAUUUCUUCAAUAGAGGGAAAUGAAGAUGAGGAGAUGCAGUCUGCAGUUUCCCACAGCAAUCAGAAUGCUCAUUCUCAUCAGUGUUCUUCCAAGCCUCUCGGCGGGUUCGUGGCUGGACUGGCGCCAACCAGCGUGCACGAAUUGCUCGAGUGUCCCGUUUGCACGAAUUCGAUGUACCCACCCAUCCAUCAGUGUCACAACGGGCACACAAUCUGCUCCACUUGCAAGUCGAGGGUGCAUAAUCGCUGCCCUACCUGCAGACAAGAGCUCGGAGAUAUCAGGUGUUUAGCACUAGAGAAGGUCGCGGAGUCACUAGAGCUUCCCUGCAAGUUUUUCUCACUGGGGUGUGCCGAAAUAUUCCCGUAUUACAGCAAACUCAAGCACGAAACAGUUUGCAACUUCAGACCAUACAGUUGUCCGUAUGCCGGAUCAGAGUGCUCGGUCACAGGAGACACUCCUCACCUGGUUGCACAUUUGAGAGACGACCACAAAGUGGACAUGCACACAGGGUGCACCUUCAAUCACCGCUAUGUCAAGUCAAACCCCCGUGAAGUAGAAAACGCAACGUGGAUGUUAACAGUAUUCCAUUGUUUCGGGCAAUAUUUCUGCCUUCAUUUCGAAGCGUUCCAGCUGAGGAUGGCGCCCGUGUACAUGGCGUUCCUCCGUUUCAUGGGUGAUGAAGCUGAAGCGCGCAACUACAGCUAUAGUUUAGAGGUGGGAGCUAACGGGAGGAAGCUGAUAUGGGAGGGGACGCCGCGGAGCAUUCGGGACAGCCACCGCAAGGUGAGGGAUAGUCACGACGGGCUGAUCAUCCAACGGAACAUGGCGCUGUUUUUCUCGGGCGGCGACAGGAAGGAACUUAAGCUUAGAGUUACUGGAAGGAUCUGGAAGGAACAGCAGAACCCUGAUGCCGGGGUCUGCAUACCAAAUCUUUCUACCUAACAAAAUUCAUUCUUUUUUUUUUCUUCCUCUUUGGAUUUUGGUUUCUUUGGGUGGUUGUAUAUGUAUGAUACCAAUGUGCCUGUGCUUCUCUACUAGCUAAUAUGCAACUUUGUAAAAAAAAAAAAAUUCAAUUGUGAAAUGAGUCUCUUAACAUCAA